AUGGAAGGCCAAAAGCACGACUGGAGUAGUGCCCAUGCUCAGUUGUGGACUUCUUUCAAAAAGUCACAAAAAGGGAAUAAUUUAGGUGAAUCAAAUACCAAUGUUAGUAUGGAUACAGUGACACCCGUGAGCUCUGUCUUUGAGCAAAGCCCUACGAUUGGGCGUGAUUUAACUUCUUCUAUUCUAGAUGAGGUUAAAAAGAGAACUCGUCUUGAUGAACCGGUGCUUUCGAACAAGCUGGAGGAUCAAAUUAUUGGGCUUGUCGAAGAUGUCAGAACGGAUGCUUCCGUUCGUGAGUUAUUAUCCGCCAUUAUUCAUUUGAAGAAUCGUGUAGAAAAAGCCAAUAAUGAGGCUGUUUAUAGACAGGAUUCACUUCUGCAAGUGGCUGACGAGACACUUUUUCAUUUGAAUGGUCAGAAAAAUGCUGCCAUUGCACCUGAAGAAAUGGUUACUGAAGGUACCGGGGCUCUUGGUGUUAUAGAGAGUCGUUUUUUUGCCGUACUUAUACAAGUCGAAAAAUGUAAAAAAGCGAUAAUGGCACUUGCGGAGAAAAACGGUUUGAACAAAACUGUUUCUGGCAACAGUUCAAUGAGAGAAGUUCUGGAAUUCUUAACUUCCUCUAAAAUGCCUGUAUCAGAAGGUGCUGAAUUUGAUAACGAAGAGAACACGAUGCUUCACCAGGUAAUGGAUAUACUUGGAUUUCCAUCGGGAACCAGCUUGGAUCAAGCUCCUGAUUUGGCAUUAAAGGUUAUGAAGGAGUUGGAGUUCCUUAGAGAAGAGAAUCACACAAAUUCUCUUCUUAUUCUUCAGUAUGAAAGGACGGUGAUGGCCAAGUUUGCCUCAUGUGGUGUCGUUUCCCCUCCCACAGUAGAGGAAGAAAGAGCAGCUUUGCUUUCUGAGAGUGAAGUAUUGUACCCGCAUUCUGACAACCAAUGGAUUAAGGAUCAUUUGAGAAGUUUGGUUUCGGUUAUGACAGAAGUGAAUAAAAAUUACCAAUUAGACGUGGUUCCCAAUUGGCUUCUGGGGGGACCCCAAGAAGCAUCAGCGGAAGCGUUUUUGAAUUACAUGCGUACUUCUAUAGGGGGCGCCAGAGAGUUGUUAAUCCUUUUGGCAAGCGAUCUAAUGAAGGCGAAACACUCCCUUCUUGAAUUGCCACAAAAUGAGAAGACGUUGAAUAUGAUGAUGAGAAUUGUUAGUUGUUUACCGGAAGGCGAUCAAAUUAAAAUUAGAGAAAUGACAGGUGAUUUGGACAGCUUGGCUGAUUAUGUGGAGGAUGCGGUGAAGUCACUUGUCAUGGCCUCAAGUGUCCAGGAAAAUAUGUAUUCACAGGUGAAAACAUUGAUUUCCCAGAUUGCAUAUUUAAAGGAUGUUGCGGAUGGAGGGGGCCACAACGCCCUUGAUCAAGCUACCUUAUCGUCAAUUGUGGGCGCAGCAGAGGAUUUGAGGGUGUGGGUAAUGGAGAGAUAUGGGGUUGAUCGAAGACCAGAAGAUGCCAUUAUUCAAGAAAGCCUACACGAGCUUGCACAACUACUACCGACAGGUCUAGCUCCUAGUUGUACUGUGGGUGAAGUUCGAAUUGAUCCUCCCGUGAACAAUAUUCUGGAUAUGGUACGCCUAUUGAAAAGCCGAAUUGAGCGGUGGAUUCAGGAACAACAAAAGCAGCAGCUUUCUGGGGCACGCAGUCGUUUGGGAAAGGCUCGAGUGGAAGAGAUUGUAAGAGAGCGUAGUAAAAAGCUUGUUAAGAUUACCAAAGAGAUACUGUUGAGUUCAGGAAAUUCAAGUGAAACGGAAGAUAUACUUGGCGCACUCUCAGCUGAAUUGAUGGACGGCCCCACGACUGCUGUUAAUGGUGGUAAUGACGGAAAUAAUAAUAAUAAUAGUAAUAAUAAUACAGGAGGUGAAAUAGCUUCUGUUGCCACCGUUUUCGAUGAUCUUGAGGAGAGGUUGAAACUUGUUAAGGUUCGUCACCAUCGACUAUUUCAGUCUUAUGCGGCCGAUAAAGUUCGCCUUGAGAAUUUGAUUCAGUCUAGUAACGUCCAUAAUAAACGUUUCUCGCGUAUUUGUACUUCCGUAGGGGCUAUUUGCCGCACGGUGGGUCUUGAGCAAAUUGGCAGUCGACUUGAACGGGACUCCAAGGCAGAAACGGUGUCAUCUUCGUCUCAACUUGUACUCCGUCCAGAGCAGAGAAGGGAAAACGUCGUCCAACCUGUCAAUGACGCUGAAAUCAUUGAGGCGUUAAGGCUCAUAGAAGAGCGCCUGGUAAAGAACGAGGCAAUUGUGGAUAGCGCACAACAAAAAUCCGAGUUGCUCCGUUUGAAGGAAGAGGAAAAACAUUGGCAGGAGGAAACGGGCACAUUUCGUCAGGCAAUGGAAAUGAUUCUGGUGCGGUUAGCGGAGGCGGGAAGGCGCAUUAAGUGUACCCUUUUCAUGCUUGGGACCGAUGAAUCUGCUGAGGAUGAGGUGGUGGAAAGCGUUAUUCGUCAGCAACAGCGAAGCUUAGAAGAGGAAGGAGUGGAGAACAAAUACGACAGCGCAGGACAACAACGGCAGCAUGAGGUUAGUGAGGAGUCACUGGCAGUGUUGCUGCAGAAAUUUGGUCGCUGGGCAACGCGAUUACAGGAGGCAACGGAGGAUCACUUGUACACACAACAAAAGUUGAAUAAGUAUUUUGCCGAUGUACAUCGUCUUUUCUGCCCAACCGGGGACGCCGCGGUUGCACAAAAAAAUACUACAGAUGAGAAUCUUAUAGAUAUUGAUACCACGCUGAUGCAUUUUGCCGAUGGUAUUUUGCCAGUAAUUGAUCGGGCCCUCGCUGAUGCAAAAGCCUUUUCAAACAACAACGAUGCCGGCGGAAAAGGAGCAGGAUGCGAGGAUGGGGUACGCUCCAAGGCAAUUUCUAUAUUGUUGCAAGAUGCCCCUCAAAAUCGUGUGUCGCAUAUGGACCACCGGUUGGUUCGUCUAUACGAGUUUGUGGGGAAACUACGUACAAUCGUGGAUGGGCUGUUGAGUGUGCGAUAUUUAUCGAUUCCAUUGUCAAGCCGUCGACGCGGUGGUAAUGCAGCGGAUGAGUUGAUAUUUGAAGACGCAUGGGGUGAUAGCUACGUUGAGUUGGAUGUCGGCAAAAUGAAAUGCGCUACCACAACCGAUAAAGGGGACACUGAUGCACUCAAUAUGAGUGACGAUAUGCUUUUCCGCACGGUGGAGUCCAACAUCCGAAGUGUCCACCAGGCACUCAGCAAGUUCAGCACAAACUACAAACUUGCGGUAAUAUUGGUGCAGAAGGAUACAGAUAUGAUGCAGCAGUUUAUCGCAUCUAUGCUGGAGCCGUAUGUGGAACUUGACUUGGAACGUGUCUUUAGGCAAGACCCUGUGGUGUUGAAGGAAAUGUUUGCGCUGCUUAACGAGCGUACGGCACGACAGCGUGGCUGCUACUUCUUUAAUCGUGUUGGGGGUGAAGGACCUUGUUUAUGGGCGACUGCUUUGGAACAGUUGAGUCUGGGUUUUCUCGGGAUUAUCGAGAAGUUGCGAAAGCGUACACAGGUGGCAAUGGAAUUACGGGAUAUCGUUGAUGACGCUGUGGAUCUUUGCGCCAUGUAUGUUAAUUGGGUGGAAUUGAACGGGGAGGCCGUCCUAUCGUUGUGUCCUCUGCCCCAGGAAGUAGUAGAGGCAUGCGUGCGUGAAGACAAUGAUGCGGACGUGGAAGGCCAUCUGGAGCAAUUAAAGCAACAACGAGGUGAAAAGAAGGUACCAAAGCCACCGUUGCCGCCAAACCAUCCUCGGUCGAAGGUUUCGCACUUUAUUGAGGAUACAAUUAUUCUUAGGGUUAUUGCCCACAUGUUUCAAGUCGCCCAGGCUGCCAGCAAGAAUAAAGAAGGGCAAGGCGACAUUGAUAGCGGGAAAAUGGCUGGUGGAAAUAGUGACGGUAUUGACGCCACGGAUGAAAAAACACAAGAAAAGCAACAACGAAAACAAAAUCAACAAGAAGAAGACAUCCAACAGUUAGAGGAACAAUUGCAGUUGUUGCGGGAAUCGGCGGCGGUGGCAGAGCAACGCGCCAAUUCGGCUCUUGAUUCUUUCAAACGCAUGGAGCAGGAAAGAGACAGAGCGCUCUCUGAGGCCGCCGUUUCGCGGGCGGAAUUACGACGCUGGAGGCGAUUUUACGGUAUCGCCGAGGAUAAAGUGCCACCCCUUUCGCAGCAACACCAGCACCAUCAUCAGGUUAUUUAUCCCGCAGCCCUCACAGGGACAGCUUCAUCCGUGGACACACCGGAGCAAAAUGCGCCAUCCUCGUCGCCGGAAAUGGGUUCCAACUCUUCACUUCCAGGCUACCCCGCAAAAGACGUUCUUUCACAACUGGCAUAUUCCAUGAAGGAGCUCACAGAAGAGCUGCGUGGGGCUUUUCAGCGGGGUGCCGUCCUGUCCCACCAGGGCACUGCGGGAACAAACAGUGCGACAGUAGAAACACAUCCCGAUGGAUUAUCUAGAGCGGCGGGGAAUUCGCGUGAACGGAUGACGGCAAGGAAGCAAUCACAACGAAACACCGCCUCGCGUAGCUCGGGACUUGUGCGAUCACCGAAGGAAGGUAUGGAAGUUGCUUCACGGAGUAGGAGUAUGUCCCCGCUAUCUGCAACUUCAUCGCUAUUGCCGUCAAGUAAACGCGACAGUCGAUCGCCCCCGGGCAAUAACACCUGCUCACAUAAAAUGCAAAAUAAGCGGCAACAACGAGAUGUACGGCAGGGACCUCUCUUGGCUCCAUGCGCAUCUGUUGUUGUGACACCGAAGAAGCCAACGUACUUGUCUUUGGCGCGUGCCCAUUCAAACACGACAUUGGGUGCCGCACGCGCGCCUUCAGCGCCUCGUUACCAACCGAAUCUUCACCGUAGUGAGUACUUCAAUGAGUGUGAUGCUUGCUGCCGGCACCACCGUUCUGGUCUCUCCACGAAGAUUGGUGUAGAUGCAGUCCCGUUGGCCUCGUCUCGUUCACGCUCGCCUAAUCUUCAACUUGCGGCCUCUGCUUCACGCGGGUCACAUGUAGCAGGACCAUCAAAGUGGCAUUUAAAGCAGGAUGAGGAGAAAGUUACCGCUCGUCAAUACCAGCACGACCGUUCAUCCUCUGCGCGACGAUCCGCUCGUCUGUCAAGAUCAUCUACAGGAAAAAUUUCACUACAUAAUGCAGCGAAAGAUACCAUGGGGACUUCCUCUGCGGUGCGGGAACAUCCUGCUGCUGCUUCUGCUAGCUCCUCGCUCGCCGCCACCGCUCAUGGUGAAAAACAUAAUCGUGAUCAUCAUGGAAGAGCAGGUCCAAAGCAACCAUCGCACUUUUCGCUUAGCCCAAGCACUUCUACGGUACUGUCACCAGAGAGUACCUUUUGUCCGACCGAUGCUGGAGCUGAGCAGUAUCAGCAGCAGCACAACCAUUUUCAACAUCAGCAGUGUUCCCAGAAACAACAACAACAACAACAACAACAACAAGAUCAUCAUCAACAUCGAAUGACCUCACAUCCCUUGAAAGAGUUGCAAGGAAUUGGAGGUGCUUCCCUUGGGAAGUCGUUAGAGACGAUAGGGCAACACACUGGUCCCAAGACAUCACCACAUCCUGCUUUGCACAAAGAAACUGUAAGGCGCACAGUAAGUGACAAAGAACAGCAAACACGACAGCUCGACUAUUUAAAUUCUAAGGACCGGAUAAAAGCCCCGCAGAGCGCUAAUUUACGGUCUGACGCGGUGAGGAAACUGGCGGACAUCGUUUCUAGAACAAAAGUGUCUGGCGAUGAGGAGUUAUAG